CUCGGCUGGAGAGAGUCGCGUUCCAGACAGUGGAAGAAGAGGGGCUGCGAGCCAGGCGAUUUCUCCUAACGCCACACUCCGCAGAAGACGGAACAGCCCCGCGGACACCCAAAGAUUUCCCAAGAAUCUUUCAGACAGCCGAGUGGCAGCGCCUCGCCUACCUCGUCCAUCCCACCGUCCAUCCCUUCGGAAGUAAAGAGGACGUUUCACUCCGAUGAGACUUUGUUUCCUUCUUGGGGUCUUCGGGGAGAGAAAGAUUGGUUGGGGCGGAGGAGAAGGAACCCCCCCCUCAAACUGCCGGCUCGUAAACUGAGGACUUGGAAGAAGGCCGUCGAAGGAGUCCCCGCUGCCAAGGAGCGAUGCCACCGAGGUCGACAGAGUCCACGUGGCUCCAAGGGAUGGUGGCGGGCAACGAGAGCGAGGCGGCUGCUCCGGGGACCUCGUCCCCGCAGGCUGGGGCAGUAUUCGCCAUCCGCUGCUUGAUCCCCUCGCUCUACCUGCUCAUCAUGGCCAUGGGUUUGCUGGGCAACUUCACGUUGCUGAAGAUCUUCGCCGCCCGGAGCGCCUCCCGGAGCGUGCCCAACAUCUUCAUCUCCAGCCUGGCCGCCGGAGACCUGCUGCUGCUGCUUACCUGCGUCCCGGUCGACGCCUCCCGCUUCUUCCUCGAGGAAUGGCUCUUCGGCGAGGUGGGCUGCAAACUGCUGCCGGCCAUUCAGCUUACCACCGUGGGCGUUUCCGUCUUCACCCUCACCGCCCUCAGCGCCGACAGGUACAAAGCCAUUGUAAAUCCAAUGGAUAUUCAAGCACCCAAUGCAGUGCUCUGGACAUGUAUUAAAGUAAUCGGCAUCUGGAUAAUUUCCAUCUUGCUAGCAGUCCCUGAAGCCGUUUUCUCUGAGGUGGCACACAUCAACGAUUCAGAUAAUGUCAGCUUCACAGAAUGUAUGCGCUAUCCCUUGAAGGAUGAUCUGCACCCAAAGAUUCAUUCAGUGAUGAUACUUUUGGUAUACCUUCUUAUCCCACUCACCAUCAUUAGUAUUUAUUAUUACCAUAUUGCAAAGACAUUAAUGAAGAGUGCACACAAUCUGCCGGGAGAAUACAAUGAACAAUCUAAAAAACAGAUGGAAACUCGAAAACGCCUGGCCAAGAUUGUAUUGGUUUUUGUUGGGCUGUUUGCUGUGUGCUGGCUGCCAAAUCAUGUGUUAUACAUGUAUCGGACUUUCAAUUAUCAUAAGAUUGACCCAUCCCUCGGCCACAUGGUUAUUACCUUGUUGGCUCGAGUGCUGAGUUUCAGCAAUUCAUGUGUCAACCCAUUUGCCCUGUACUUCCUCAGUGAGAAUUUUCGGAGACACUUCAAUAGCCAACUUUGCUGCUGCAGGAUUCAUCCUCAGCCAAGGUCUACCAGCUACCUGAACAAUUCUUCAGCCAUGCGGGUGUCUUCAUUGGGGAACCAUCCAAGGCACACUGUUGCUAUGACAACCCUGCUGAAUGGGCAUACCCCUAAACAAGAGAUGUCAUUGUGAUUAACCAGUGCAACGUCUGACCUCAAAAAGAAAUUAUUUUAAUCAUCUUUCUUGUGGCUGGCCUCAGUUCCUUUAAAAAGCCAAUAGAUCCUAAUCUAAGGGAUGUCAUAUCCUGAUCUAGGGAUAAGUAUUUAUUAAUUAUCACUGUUGUAAGAAAUGGAGGCUAUUAUGCUUUCCUUACUCUUGACUGAAGAAAUGCUUCCAAGCUUAUUGUCUUAAAAAGUUGAACAUAAAUGAAGUAUGAAAAGGGCAUACAUGCUCACCUGCCACUUGAAGGGAAUUAGUCUAGGUUUCCAGGUGUGUAGAUAGCUCUGGAAGUCAGGCAUCUCUUUUGUCAAGAGUUUGUUUUUCCAGUCCCACACAAAGGCAUUGCUGCUUAUGUCACCUCUGCUGAACUUAAACAAUGAGCUUGGUAAAAAUAAAAAUGUUACUUGGCUAUUCCCUUUCAAAUGAUUUUAUUCAGAUUGGAUGACGCUCCUAAAGAAGAAGAGCUUGGGGAAAGCACCGUCCAAGUUGUUUGACUAGCUGUUUACAAAGCAGUAUGACUGUAGCUGGAUCAGGGUCAUCCAGGUGCAAAUGCCACACCAAGAUAUUGUGAACUACAUAUUUGGAAUUAAGUAACACUGAAAUGAGCAUGAAUUCGGGGCAAACUCUGGGAGACAGUGGAAGACAGGUGACCUGGCUUGGUAUGGUCCAUGAGCGAACAAUUGGACAUGACUGAACAACAACACUGACAAACUGGGCAAACACCCUAUAUAUUUAUCUUUUACAUUUGCUCUGUACUUCAUCUUUUCAUUUUAUCAGAUUAACAGAGUUGGAAGGGACCUUAUAGGUCAUCUAGUCCAACCUCCCGCUCAAGCAGGAGACUCUACACCAUUUCUGACAAAUGGCAGUCUAAUCUUUUCUUGAAAGUCUCAAGAGACGAAGCUCCCACAACUUCCGAAGGCAAGCUGUUCCAUUGGUUGAUUGUUCUCACUGUCAGUAAUUUCCUCCUCAUUUCUAGGUUGAAUCUCUCCUUGGUCAGUUUCCAUCUAUUAUUCCUUGUCUGGUCUUCAGGUGCUUUGGAAAAUAGCUUGACCCCCCUCCUCUCUGUGACAGUCCCUCAAAUAUUGGAACACUGCUAACUCUAGGUUAUUCAACUUGACUGACCAACAGCAAACAAAGAACACAAAACAAUGAACCUGUCAUUGAACAAGACUUUGUUGACAUCAAAAACUUGGCUUUACAGCCAGGAAAGCUAAGCACAACUUCUGUGAGAUGUUUCACAGCUUGGGAGUGACAGUGGAAAAAGUGUAAGGCCUCAAACUCUGAUAUUGUGCUCAUCUUUUUUUUUUAAUCUGUAUCAUAUAUUCCAGGGGUGGGUUCUAAAAUUUUUUACUACCGGUUCUGUGGGCGUGGCUUAUUUUGUGGGCAUGGUUUGAUGGUCAUAUGACAAACAAUUCUUUAGGAUUUAGCAGAGGUACUGGUCUACCAGGCUUUUUACUGCUUGCAGAGCUGUACCAGUCUACCCAUUUGUUUUUGGAGCGUUCCAGUCUAACUAUUUGUUUUUGGAGUGCACCGGUCUAUCCAUUUGUUUUUUAGAACGCACUGGUCUACCACCACACUGUAUUUUACCGCUGAUCAGCUGUAGGGCAGCCCUUUGAAGCGCCAUGGCAAGAGUUUAAACAGUUUUUUGCCGCUCUGCCACCACCGAGAGCAUCGGAAACCACUUUCAGGCAGUUUGGCCUCAGUUGCCAAUCUACCACCACCAAGUGGUUUACAAGGAGUGGAUCGGUUCUAGCCGAUCAGUUGGGAGGCUUCUUGGCUUCUCAAUUGAAAGCUAAGAUGUCUUGGUUUAUUUCCCCCUCUUCUUUGUCAAGUGAGCUCUGAUUUUUUUCCUUCUAGCAGAUCAACUGACACUCAGGAGGCAGCGAAUAGAUUGGGGGCAGGCCAGGCAGAGGUGGUAUUUACCGGUUCUCCAAACUACUCAAAAUUUCCACUACCGGUUCACAAGAACCGGGGAGAACCUGGUAGCAAUCCACCACUGAUAUGUUCCUAUUGUAUGAAGAAGGAAAGCAGUGGUAACCUUAGAUGCAUUAACUCAGCUACCCAUGUAAAGUUUUUACUGCCUGUCCAUGUUUGGAUCUCAGAAAACUGGAAACUCAGCCUUUUUUUAAAGCUGUAUAUGGAAUCCUUGCAUUUUUUAAAACAGGUGGCAGCAUGGAGCCAGGGCACCUGAUUGCCAAAGCCAGUUUUCUCCUUCCAAAGGAUCAUCUAAAUGGGGAAACACAGAUGUGAUAAAAGCAGCUUGAAGAUAAUUCAGAACUAGGAAACAAGUAGAGGAAAAAAGAUCAUUAUCUAACUUAUUCAUUAGCCUUUACCUAAUAAAGAUGAUAUCAGAGAGGGUGAACUUGAUUCUGUUCUGCCCAAUUCCUGAACAAAAGAGAAACAAUUAUUUACUAUUUUUUUAAAAAAAAAUGCAGUCUACUCCUGUGUGUGAUCCUCAAAAUCUGUCACAUGCCAUGGAGCCAUGGUUAGAAUGCAGUAUUGCAGACUAACUCUGCCCACUGCCAGGAAUUCGAGCCUCACUGGCUCAAGGUUAACUCAACCUUCCAUCUUUCUGAAGUCGGUAAAAUGAGGACCCAGAUUGAUGGGGUUAAUAUGCUGACUCUGUAAACCGCUUAGAGAAUGCUGUACACAGUGCUGUAAAGCACUAUGAAGGGGCAUAUGUGUCUAAUGCUAUUGCUAUUGCUACUUUCAGGCGAUGUUUUCUUUCUGCCGACAGGGCCCUGUGGACUACUUGAAGCAACUCCGGGUCAUACAGGUCUUUGUUCUUGAAACGGCUUUGAAGAAUGCGUGUCUGCGGUCUCUGUGGCUUCUAAAAACUCUGCAAAAGCAUACCCUGCUCUUGCAUAAUGUUUUGAGGCUCCAGAGAUCAUGCCUGAGCAGGGGCCUGUCAUACCACUUCCAGCGGGUCCAGAGGCUGCACAAGAGGACAUGCCUUCAUAGCCUCUGAAAAUUGCGCAAGAACAAAGUGUGCUUUUAAGAAUAGUUGUUGGUGAGUAGUGGCAUGUCACCCAAAAUAUUGUGGCAUGUCACUUUUGACACUCAUGUUGCAGGGUUUGCCAUCCCUGAAGAAGAUCAUGAGCAGUCAUGAUCUCUGGCACCUACAAUCAUGAUCCAACCACCAAAUCCAUAUGCUGAGCAAGCAUUUUCCAAAAGGAGAAUCAUGUGAGUCUCCCUGUCUCUCCACCAUUCCCAAACUAUGGGAGAUUAUAGUUUUUAUGUCAGUCACAAGAUUACCAGAGUUUGCACUAAAUCCCAAGGAUGCCAAAAUGACAACCUAUCCGUGGUGAGGUCAUUGUGUAAAUCAUGCAACUACAGACUCUUUUCCCAACAUCUAAUUAAGCACAUAAGUGGUAUCAUUUGCAUGAGGAUUAUAUGUGUGUUUUGCCUCUUACCUCAGGUGCGAAGGUUCAAGGUCAGAUGCUAAUUAAACUGAUUUAUUGCUCACACCUAUGCAUGACUUAGACCUUUUGUGGGAACUCCAAAGUAGAGAAGGCUAAUUCCUCUUUUGACUCUGCCCCAGGCCCUGACAGUCCUUUUCCUACACUCUAUAUAGAAUAAGAAAAGAAACCUUAGCAAUAAAAAUAAAAACAGGCAACAAAAUUUAAUAAACAAUUAUAAUGGUUUAACACUGGGCUAUGACUUGACAAGAAAGGAUUAGCUUAUCGAAAGAAAUGAGAUUCAAUUUGCUAUCUUUUAUUGUUGCUUUCUGUUCAGCAUGCAGAAAAGGCUUGUGGCUGCUUAUGUGGGUAGAAAAAGAGUAUCUUUGAACCUUUGGCUCUGCUGCCUUUUCUUUUAGGAGAUCAAUGGGCCUAAAAGUCAAUGCGCUGUGUAGCUUGAUAAUCUGUGACCGGUCAUUGUCUUGAACUCCUGUGAAAUCAUCUUCAGACCGGUCAUCUUCAUAUGGUGUCUCAUAUGGAUCAAUUUGAAUGGAUGAUCUAUAAAUGUUGAUUUGAUAUUGUUCUAUGUAAUAAUCAUUAAAAAUGUUUAAA